GGCUCUUUCCGUGGGGUGUGGCCCUCUCGCUGGGGUGGGAAGGUGGUGGUGGUGCUGCUGCGCUGGGCUUCGCCAGGUGCCGCUGCUGGCGCUGGCCUGGGGGGGCCGCUGUGCUGCAUUGCAGGGCAGGCGCCGCCGCCUCCGCCUCCUCCUCCUCCUCCUCCCGCUUCUUUGCUUCCCUCCCCCGGAGGGAGCAGGACUAUCUGGGCCGGGCAGCAGCGCGGUCCCUGGGCAGGAAUGUCCCUGCUUGCACAGAUAAUGUUAUUUAUAUCGCCGCCGGCUGGCAGGGCGGAGGCUCCCAGCGAAACCCCGGCCCUGGCGGGGCUCCCCUUCGCCCGCGCCCCGCUGCCCUAGACAGUGGUGGCCUUCAGCAGUGGAUCAUCUCACAUAUCUUUUGAGGAAGUCCAGCAGUUACUUCAUGGAAGAGAAGUGUUGCUGAUGUAUACAAGUUUUAGAAGGGCCUUUUUCAUGUUAACAAAAGGAAGAACAGCAGCAAAACAUCCAGAACAUGACAUCAGCAACUGAUUUUGAUCAUUUGGAGAUUCAGCAGCAGUACAGCCGGAUCAAUGCUCGCUGGGAUGCCUCUGACGAUGAGCUGGACAAUGACAACAGUUCUGCAAGGCUAUUUGAGAGAUCCCGGAUCAAAGCUCUGGCAGAUGAGCGGGAAGGCGUGCAGAAGAAAACCUUCACCAAAUGGGUGAACUCCCACCUGGCACGGGUAACCUGUCGUAUUUCUGAUCUUUACAUGGACCUCCGAGAUGGACGGAUGCUAAUUAAAUUGCUGGAGGUGCUUUCGGGAGAGCUGCUGCCCAAGCCCACCAAAGGGCGCAUGCGAAUCCACUGCCUGGAGAAUGUGGACAAGGCUUUACAGUUCCUCAAGGAGCAGCGUGUACAUCUGGAGAACAUGGGGUCUCAUGACAUUGUUGAUGGCAAUCACCGUUUGGUUCUGGGUCUCAUCUGGACUAUCAUCCUGCGUUUCCAAAUCCAAGACAUCAUUGUUCAGACUCAAGAGGGCCGGGAGACUCGUUCUGCAAAGGAUGCGUUGCUACUCUGGUGUCAAAUGAAAACUGCAGGCUACCCUCAUGUUAAUGUCACCAAUUUCACCUCUAGCUGGAAGGAUGGCUUGGCUUUCAAUGCCCUUAUUCAUAAGCACAGGCCUGACCUAAUUGACUUUGAGAAGCUAAAGCACUCAAAUGCCAGGCACAACUUGGAACAUGCUUUCAGUGUGGCAGAGCGGCAACUUGGCAUCACCCAGCUUCUUGACCCAGAAGAUGUUUUCACAGAAAAUCCAGAUGAGAAAUCCAUCAUUACUUAUGUAGUUGCUUUCUACCACUACUUUUCCAAAAUGAAGGUGCUUGCUGUGGAAGGAAAAAGAGUUGGGAAGGUAAUGGACCAUGCAAUAGAGACAGAGAAGAUGAUCGAUAAGUACAGUGGGUUGGCUUCAGACCUGCUGACGUGGAUAGAACAAACCAUUACCAUUCUCAAUAGCCGCAAGUUUGCUAAUUCUUUGGCAGGCGUGCAGCAGCAGCUCCAGUCCUUCAGUACAUAUCGCACAGUGGAAAAACCACCCAAGUUUCAGGAGAAAGGGAACCUGGAAGUUCUGUUAUUCAGUAUUCAGUCAAGAAUGCGAGCCAACAAUCAAAAAGUGUAUACACCUAAUGAAGGAAAACUAGUAUCAGACAUCAAUAGGGCCUGGGAGAAAUUGGAGAAGGCAGAACAUGAGCGGGAGCUGGCACUGAGAAACGAACUUAUUAGGCAAGAAAAACUAGAGCAACUUGCCCGACGUUUUGAUCGCAAGGCAGCAAUGCGUGAGACAUGGCUGAGUGAAAACCAGCGCCUCGUUGCACAGGACAACUUUGGAAAUGACUUGCCAGCUGUGGAGGCAGCAAAGAAGAAGCAUGAAGCCAUUGAAACUGACACAGCUGCCUAUAAAGAACGUGUCCAGGCCAUAGAAGACGUAGCCAAGGAACUGGAAAUGGAGAAUUAUCAUGACAUCAAGCGUAUCAAUGCUCGCAAAGACAACAUUUUGAGACUUUGGGAGUUUCUGCAAGAGCUGCUGCAGGCGCGGCGUCGGAGGCUAGAGAUGAACCUUACACUGCAGCAGCUCUUCCAAGACAUGCUGCACAGUAUUGACUGGAUAGAUGAGAUGAAAGUUAAACUCUUGUCUCCUGACUCUGGAAAGCACCUGUUGGAAGUGGAAGAUCUACUUCAGAAGCAUAAAUUGAUGGAGGCUGACAUGGCCAUCCAGGCUGAGAAGGUCCGUGGUGUUAGUGCAGCAGCACUUAAAUUUGCCAAUGGAGAUGGUUACCGACCUUGUGACCCAAAGAUGAUACGAGAUAGAGUAAACCAUCUGGAGAUGUGCCAUCGUGAGUUGAUGGCUUUGGCUGCUGAAAGGAAAGCUCGCCUGGAGCAGUCCAAGCGUCUUUGGAAGUUCUUUUGGGAACUAGAUGAAGCUGAGAGCUGGAUCAAAGAGAAAGAGCAUAUCUAUUCCUCCUUAGAUUAUGGGAAAGAUCUGACCAGCAUUCUUAUCCUGCAAAGGAAGCACAAGGCUUUUGAGGAUGAACUACGGGGCCUGGGAACCCACCUGCAGCAAACCAUCAAAGAGGGAGAAACCAUGAUUGCGCAGAGGCAUUUCGGGGCAUCUCAAAUCCGUACUAGAAUUGAGGAAGUGAAAGCUCUUUGGGCCCAGCUUCAGGAGCUGGCAUCUUUCCGCAAAAAAAACUUGCAGGAUGCUGAAAGCUUCUUCCAGUUCCAGGUAGAUGCAGAUGACCUGAUGGCCUGGUUACAGGAUGCUCAUCGCCUGGUGUCCAGUGAUGAUGUUGGACAUGAUGAAUAUUCCACUUUAGCCCUAGUUAAAAAGCACAGGGACCUUUUAGAUGAGGUAGCUGAUAACAAGAGGGUCAUGGACAAUCUGAACAGACAGGCCCAGAGCUUCCCCACUGAGUUCCGGGACGUCCCAGGAUUUGAGAACCGACUGAAGGCCAUUCAGACAGCAUAUAAUGAAGUUGUAUCUCUAGCAGAUCUGCGCAGACAGAAGCUACAGGAUGCUCUGGAUCUAUAUACAGUUUUCAGUGAGACUGAUGCAUGUGAACUUUGGAUGGGUGAGAAAGAGAAGUGGCUGGAACAAAUGGAAAUUCCUGACACCUUGGAGGAUCUGGAUGUGGUUCAGCACAGGUUUGAUAUUUUGGAGCAAGAAAUGAACAAUCUAGCUUCUCAGAUUGAUGGGGUCAAUCGAGCAGCCAUUGGUUUGAUAGAGAGUGGACAUCCUCGCAGUGGGAAAGUGAGGCAGUGCCAGGAACAUCUGAAUGCAAGAUGGAGAGUUUUCCAGGAGAUGGUCGCUCAGAGGCGGAAAGCUGUGGACUUUGCCCUUAGCCUCCACAAUUACUGUGUGGAUUGUGAAGAAACAAGGAAAUGGAUCCUAGAAAAAACCAAAGUCAUUGAAUCCACCCAGGACCUUGGUAAAAACUUGGCAGGCAUGAUUGCUAUGCAGAGGAAGUUGUAUGGCAUUGAACGUGACCUAGCAGCCAUUCAGGCCCGUCUCGCAACUCUACAGCAAGAAGCACACCGGCUUGCUGAAGAACAGCCUGACUUAGCUGAUGAUGUCUAUAGUCGAUUGACAGCUGUCACUGGAGUCUGGCUGGACCUACAGAACACACUUCAGAGUCAAGAGGCUUCCCUUGGAGAGGCCAGCAAGUUACACAAGUUUUUGCAGGACUUAGAUGACUUCCAGGCAUGGCUGUUUAAGGCACAAAAAGCUGUUGCUUCAGAAGAGGUGCCCAAUUCCCUGGUAGAAGCUGAACACCUUCUGCAGCAGCACACUGCUGUUAAGGAAGAGAUAGAUCAACACAGGGAUGAUUAUCGCAGUGUCAAAGAUAUAGGAACCAGAGUGACUCAAGGCCAAACAGAUGCGGAAUAUCAGCAACUGGAGCAACGACUCCAGGGGAUGGAUACUGGCUGGAAUGCCUUGUGUAAAAUGUGGGAUAGCAGGGAGAAAUUCCUCAACCAGUGCCUUGGUUUCCAGGAAUUUCUUAAAGAUGCAAAGCAAGCAGAAAUUAUCCUUACUAAUCAGGAAUAUACUCUGGCUCACAUCGAGCCCCCAGACACCUUGGAAGCAUCAGAAGCUUCUAUCAGAAAAUAUGAAGAUUUUCUUGCUACAAUGGAAGCUAAUGAAGAAAAAAUUACUGGGUUGGUCAACAGUGGGAACAAGCUUGUGUCUGAAGGAAAUAUUUACUCUGAUAAAAUUAAAGAAAAAGUUCAUCUGAUACAAGAGAGAUACAAAACAAAUGUCACAAAAUCUCAGGAGGUGUUUGUUUUGCUGAAGGACAAUCAUGACCUGCGAAAUUUCCUGAGGAAUUGCCAGGAACUUACUGUUUGGAUUGAAGAAAAGAUGCUAACUGCUCAAGACAUAUCCUAUGAUGAAGCUCGGAAUUUGCACAGCAAAUGGCUGAAGCACCAAGCUUUUAUGGCAGAACUUGCCUCUAACCAAGCAUGGCUAGAUAAAGUAAAUGAGGAAGGACAGCUGCUGGCAGAGCAGAAGCCCCAGUAUGAAGAUAUUGUUUGCCGGAGGUUAGCGGACCUACACCAACUGUGGGAUAAGCUGCAGGCAACAACAGAGGAGAAGGCCCAGCACCUGUUUGAUGCCAACCGCUCUGAUCUUUACGCACAGAGCUAUGCUGACCUUGGUGCAUGGAUCAGUGAGAUGGAGCAGCAGCUGAAAUCUGAUGCCCAGGGUAAAGAUCUCACCAGUGUCAAUAUUCUGCUGAAGAACCUGAAACGACUUGAGGAACAAGUCAGUGUGAGAAAGAAAGAAAUGGAAGAUUUAUUAAGUCAGGCACCUCCCACUAGAGGAGACCUGCAUGAAGUGGAUGGCAAGCAUGAGAUCAUUGAGAGGAGGUUCCAGGGUCUUCUGGAGCCAUUGAGUAAGAAGAGGAGGGAACUGGAGACAACUAAAGCUGGAUACCAAUUGGACCGGGAUCUGGCAGAUGAACUGCUCUGGGUACAAGAACGUCUCCCACUUGCUCAGUCCACUGACCAUGGCACAAACCUCCUGUCUGUACAGCUGCUCACAAAGAAAACACAGACAUUACAGAAAGAAAUUGCUGGUCAUGCUCCACGCAUUGAGGAAGUCCUUCUUAGAGGGGAAGGCAUGCUGGCUGGAGCAGAUAGUGAUGAGGACUUUAAGGACACCGAAGAGCGCCUCGGGCAACUGAAAGACUCUUGGAACACUUUACAAGAGGAAACUCUACAGAGGUUGCAUCGCAUGGAAGAAGCAAGUGAGGCUCAGAGAUAUUAUUUAGAUGCUGGGGAAGCAGAAGCCUGGAUAAGUGAACAGGAGCUGUACAUGGUGACCGAUGAAAAGCCAAAGGAUGAAGAGAGUGGUAUUGUGAUGCUGAAGCGACAUCUUCGCCAACAACGAUCCAUAGAAGAUUAUGGGAAAAGCAUCAAGCAGCUGGCUGGUAGGGCUCAGAAACUGCUGUCUGCUGGCCACCCAGAAGGGGAAGAGAUCAUCCGGUUGCAGGGGCAAGUAGACAAGCAGUAUGCAGGCUUGAAGGAUCUGGCUGAGGAACGCAGACGUAAGCUGGAGCACAUGUGUCAUCUAUUCAAGCUGAAACGAGAAGUUGAUGAUCUGGAGCAGUGGAUUGCAGAGAGAGAUGUAGUGGCCUCAUCCCCAGAAAUGGGGCAAGAUCUCGACCAUGUCACUGUGCUGCGGGAGAAGUUCCGUGAUUUUGCUCGGGAAACAGGAAGCAUCGGGCAGGAGCGGGUGGACAGUGUCAAUCUCAUCAUUGAGCAGCUGAUUGACGUUGGCCACCCGGAGGCUGCCACGAUUGCAGAGUGGAAAGACAGUCUGAAUGAGAGCUGGGCAGACCUGCUGGAACUGAUUGACACCAGGAUGCAGUUGCUGGCUGCCUCCUAUGACUUGCACAAGUUCUUCUACGAUGGUGGUGAAAUCCUGGUUCUUAUUGAGGAAAAGCACAAGGAGUUACCUGAGGAAUUAGGCCGAGAUGUCAGCACAGCUGAAUCUUUCCACAGGAUGCACACAGCUUUUGAGCGAGAUAUCCAUUUGUUAGGAACGCAGGUCCAGCAUUUCCAGGAAGUAGCAGCACGCCUACAGGCAGCCUAUGCAGGAGAGCAGGCAGUCACUAUCCAGAAGCAAGAGCAGGAAGUGGUGAAGGCCUGGAAGGCCCUGCUUCAUGCCUGUGAGGGACGGCGGGGCCAGCUGGUUGAUACCGCAGAGAAGUUCCGUUUCUUCAGCAUGGUCCGUGACCUCAUAUCUUGGAUGGAGAGUGUGAUUCGGCAGAUUGAAACACAAGAGAAACCAAGGGAUGUUUCAUCUGUGGAGCUACUAAUGAAAUACCAUCAGAGUAUAAAGUCCGAGAUAGACACAAGGGAUAAAAGCUUCAUCACCUGCAUUGAUCUUGGCAAAGCACUGCUGCAUCGCAAACACCAUGCUGCAGCUGAGAUAAAAGAUAAGUUGAUGCAACUGACAGAGAAGAGGAGAGAGAUGUUGGAGAAAUGGGACAGGCGUUGGGACUGGCUUCGCUUGUUGCUAGAGGUAUGUCAGUUUUCCCGGGAUGCCUCAGUGGCUGAGGCCUGGCUUAUUGCACAGGAGCCUUAUCUAUCCAGUGGUGAUUAUGGGCAAACUGUGGAUGGAGUGGAGAAACUGCUGAAAAGACAUGAAGCAUUUGAGAAAUCUACCGCUACAUGGGAGGAACGUUUUUCUGCACUGGAGCGUCUGACCACACUUGAAUUAUUAGGGAAGAGAAAGAUUCCCGAAGAGUCAUCGCAGCACAAAGUACCUAGGACCACAGACCUGGAGUUUGACUUUGAACUAGAGCCAGAAUAUGAGGCGGGGCCUAAAGAAGAGGGUGAGAAGCCAGAACUCAGCUUGAAAGAUGCCCUUUCCCCUGCUGCAGAAGACUCUUUAUUGCAGGUACAAGAAAAUGAGAAGCCAGGUCAGGAAAUGGUUCCAGAACAGCUUCCUGAAGAAAAUAUACCUGAGACAGAGAUCACCGUGGAUAGUGAAGAAAUUUCCACAAAGGAAUCCCUGUUCAAAGUUGCCCAGACUCCUGUGAGCGAAAUAGAUGAGACAGCAACUCUUCCUGCGCAGCUGGAUAGAUCUCAUAGCGUACAGCUUGAGGGUUACCUGGCGCGGAAACAUGAUCUAGAAGCACCCAACAAGAGGGCUUCCAACAGGUCCUGGAAUACAUUAUACUGUGUGCUCAGGAACAGUGAGCUGACCUUCUUUAAGGAUGCCAAGAGCCUGGCCCUAGGUGUGCCUUACCACGGAGAGGAGCCUUUUCGGCUGAAGAAUGCCUUGUGUGAAGUAGCUGCAGAUUACAAGAAGAAAAAACAUGUCUUCAAGCUGAGACUCAGCAAUGGAAGUGAAUGGCUCUUCCAUGGAAAAGAUGAGGAUGAGAUGCACACCUGGCUUCAGGGCUUCAGCACAGCAAUAAUUGAAUCCCAAAGCAUUAAAACCAAGGCCCAAAGCCUGCCUCUGCCUUCCAUCACUACCGUGGAUGUGAGCCUGACCAAGAAAGAAAAAGAGAAGAGAUUCAGCUUCUUUCCCAAAAAGAAAUAGCCCAACUGGUGGCUUGCUGCAGUCAGAUGCCUCUGCUGUAUUGUGCAUAAUGAAAAACUGCAUGUGUGAGUGUCCUUGGGCACUCCUGGUGCCACUCCACACUGUUCUCAUCUCCCCAAACACAGCCUUGCUUCUUACUCCCCACCACAACCCCAUAAUCUCCUCAUAGGGCAUCAGGCCACCAUUUCAAUUAGGAAAGCAAUGCCCCUGCUCCAAAACAACCAGUGUUCCCCAAAACAGAACUGUGAGACGUGUAUCUUUGGGUGACUCCCUGCCAGGACAGUGUGUGAUGCUUUUCAAACACUUUUCCAGGAAAGGACAGCUUCAGGGAAAAGAUACUAUGUGGAUUUCAGGGACUUUGUAUGGAGAAAAGGAAUGGAACAGGGACCUAGGUAACCCAAAAGGCACUUUAUGAAAACUAUGGAAAUUCGUCAUGUGGUUUUGGAGCAGUUUUCAUCCCUACAGAGUUGGGAAAAGCUCUGACUCCAGAGCCUUACCAAAAGCCAUAGCUUUGCUCAUAUUUUGUUGGAACAGAAGUCUUCCAUGUAACUUUGCAAUCACCUCUCUCUUCAAGGCAUAAAGGAAGAGUCUGUCUCCCCCCUCCCCUCUACACACACACACACAGAAGAAUAUGGCAGGCACACAAAGAGUCAGUUUCUGACUUGUUUUAACAUUCAUAAUGGAAGGAUGAAAGUCAGCUUUCAGGAGGCCAACAGCUUCUUUUUAGGGAGCUGUAACAUACACAUAGGCACAGCACUGUCACAAAGCACAGAACUGCUUCCACUUAAAAGCUCAAUCCAGCUUUCACUAAAAUGGCAACCAUAUGGGAUUAAGAUUGCAGCCAGAGGAACUAAUGGGUUACGAUGGAAACCUAUCAGAAACACACACAUGGGGAGAAAGAGCAACCAUACUCACUUACUUUCAACAGUAUGAGCACAACCCAGUUCAAGUUACUAGCACCUCACAGUACAAGCCACCCUCCUGAUGUCCAUGGGAUGUGAUUUCAAUCAAUUCACACUGGAUUGUGCCCCAUGUUGCUUUAUGAGGCUUGAUUACCCCACCCCCCUUAUGUAUGCUGGGGUUUACUUUGUGAUUAGCCUGAUUCUGAAAGCCUUCCACCAAGCUUUUCAAAGCAUUUUCAGUGUUGGCUCAGCUCUCCAGAAGCAAAUGGCUCCUCCAUCGUUCCCAUUGAGAAUGUGUGGUGCCUGAGCAUGGCCUUUGGCAAUUCACUGCACUGCUUACACUUCUUUGGAGUGGCUUUCUCACUCACAGCAAAUGUGCAGUGCUAGUCCUAGCAGCUCCCUUUUGCAGAGAUCUCUGCCUGUGAUGUGUGUGUGAAUGGCUGUUUAAUAUAUAUGCAGGUAUAUCAUAGACAUUCACGAGCCACUUUUCCAAAGCAAGAGCCCUGUCCAAAGGACAAAUAGCAGCUCAGCCGAAUUACCUUUUUGGAACAUAUUCUUGGGAAGUGAACAGCCUAAGCCAAGAGGAGGAGCCUGGAGUUUUUUUUCUGCAACAGUCUCUUUGCAGAGAUGGCAAUACUGUCUGGGGACUCAUAAGGGUUCUUGGAAUACCAGACACUGUUUGUUCAGUUGUCUUUUGAGCAUCUCACCCCUAGGGCUCAUUGCUUUUUUCUAAGAGUCAGUCAGUCAGUCUUGUUUUCUUUGUGGAUGCCAUAGUUCAUACUGAAAGUGCCUUAACCUAGGGGCAUCUCAUAGUAACCACUUCAGGAGUGAAUGAGCUCAACAAACACCAUGCACACAAUAGUUGGGACUCUCCUCACUCUAAUGGAAGCUAUAAACCAUCUUCUUCUGCAAGAGACACUCUUGGGGAUCCUGAGGGGAAUGCCUUUGCCUCACACCCACCAGCAGCUGUGGAAAAGAGGAGGAGGGUUCUCUCUGUGCUUAAUGCAGAUCGCUGUGACCACAGAUCCAGGCACCAAGAGCUGAGGCUUAGUUGGUUUCUAAGUGUUGCUUUUGGCACAUUCCAAUAGCUACACUUCCCAGAUCUCCUGAGCUGUAAUGGGUAGUCUAUAUGAGUGGUCUUGCUGCUGAAAUAGACAGAAAAGAUUUGCCACAAUGCUGCAUUUUAAAAAAAACAGUAUAAGAAAAAGCCAAUAUAUUAAUCCUAUUUUGGGAAUGGGGUGGUGGAUACUAUUUUGUUUUGCUUUUUUGGUAGAAUUAACAUCACUAAACAGUGCUGAUACAGUGAUGCAUUCCAGUGGCUUAACUGCCAGCACGUCUCCUUUCUAGUGCCAUCUUAAGCCAUCACUGCCAUAAAGAAUCUCCUCUCUGCGGCCUGUUGUUUCAUUUGUUGUUGUUCAAGGGCAAAACACACAUGUAGGCAGACUGCUCCACAAUCCAAAUGUCCCAAAACUGGACUAAUUGAAAUAAGUGUAGACUUGUAGAAAGUAAGAAAAGCUAAAAAUAGGGAAUACUCUGGAACAAAAAGAUCAUGGUAGAGGAAGGGGCGUAAUAAACACCCCCAAUCAACCCACAGAUACCUUUUAUGUCAUUGCAAGAGGUCAGAGAACAAGACAGGUGAGACGGCAUGGUGUUAGAACACAGAUACGAGUUGACCUGAGCAGUUUGUCACAGCAGACGGAUACAGAUGGACCUGAGGCAAUUUGGGUUAAUGAUAUUAUUAUCUUGUACAUUAGCUGAAUAGGACAGGAAGGACCUGCAGAGAAAGAUGAAAAUCUACUUGAUCUCCCAGGAGAAUUCAUUCAGCACUAUUUCUGGGUAAAAGAACCAUUCAGUCAGAAACCACAUGCACUUCCUUGCAGUAUGAAAAGGUCCCUGUGACCUCUGCUAAGGAGAGCCCAAGGGCAUUCGCAUAGCAGACAUGGCCUCCUGGGGUUUGUGACACAUGAUCAGCAUGGGGUUCCUGCAAUCCUGUGAGAGAUAAAUGUUCUCAUUUGGCCAUGUUCUGCCACCCUUAUGCUGGCCUACCGUGUUUCAAAUUUUCAACUCUACUUGCUCACCAUGUCCCUUUAAUCAAAAUCAGAACACUAUAAGGCUGGGAGUCCCUUUUCCAAUAAGUAAAUAUUGAACUUACUGAAGAAGGGAAGACUAAUUAGGGAGUGCAACCCAAUUAAGACAAAGGAAAGUACUAGUUUCUGAUUUAAGUGUGCAUUAAAAAAAAUUGUAGUUCAAGCUACCCUCACAGUUCAGGAAAGGAAGUAGGCAAGGAGUACAAAGAAUUAUGCAACUUUAGGGUUUUAUUUUAAUGUAAAAUAAUAAAGCACAUUAACAUUGGGAUGGACUGUGUUGAUUUGCAGAAGCCACCAGGAAAAGGAGUCUUGACUGAACAGGCUAUCCAGUUGUACCUCUGCAAAAUGAUUUAGGAUUUCAUUUCACAAGAGUUCUGGAUAGAAGCUCAGCCAUCCCUUCCUUUCUUAGAAGACACUUUCACCUAUCACUGUUGAGUUCAAUAUAGGGCAAAUCACUCAUUUCCAUAAACUAAAAAACACAAUGCUAGGCUCAAAUGCUCCGAGACGUGUUCCUGCUACGUGAACAUUGAACCGCCUCCGUGCUCAGUGGACGUGUCCCUUCACAGGUGCUGCUGCCAUCAGACCCAUCAGAGAAUUGGCAGGGCUUUGAGUACAGUUGUCUGUGUGCCACUGAGUCUCAUUGCAUUGUGCACCUACCCAUUACAGACCAGGAACGUUACUAUAACUUAGCAGGAACCAUUUGCUCCCUGGUGACUUACAGCCUCACCAUGCCUGGCUCAGCCCAGCUCUUCCUUCUUAGAAGGCUUGAUCUGUAGAGUGACUUCACCUCUCUUCAGCUGCUCUCUCAUCAGGCUUAGCUUUCAAUGGCCCAUCACCGAUGCAGAGGUCAGGGUGUGUUAGAAGGGAGCCUCACAUCAAUCGCCAGGCCCAGAACACGCUGGCUUCAGAACAGCGAAGGCUGUUUCAUGGAGACCAGGAGGACAGCUGCAGGGCCCAGGACCUCUUCUACAGGCCCAAGGGGCUGGGGUUAAUUCUCUAGGCACCAAGCUCCACCUGCUCCAAUGUGCUUCCACUGUCCAGAAAAAAAGAGCUAAAGCUUCAGAAUGUGCUUCAGAAGCAAUUUAAUAACAUUUUUUAAAUAAACGAACAAAUAAACCCUU